GACAGAUGGAAAACAGUAAUAGUAUCAGUCACACUUUUUAAACAUGCUGCCAUUUCAUUGUGGGAUGAAAAAUGUUCGGUUUGUCAGAUCAGCUCUAAAGAUUUCUGGCCAUCUGAAUACAGUAGCAAGAAAUGCUCAAAUAGUGAGAAAUGCCAGAGUUAUAUCGACAUUGGGGCUGCCAGACAGGCAAAGAAAUGGUAUCCAGGAGAUGUUGAAAAAAAAUAAAGUAAAUCAUCUUGCCAUAUCAUCAUACAACCUAUCAGCAGCCUGCAGCUCGCUUCUAUUGACCUCAGAUGGUUUCACCACUGGUAUAUCUCUUGUUGGAAGUCCUGGGGAUGAGGAUGACAUGGCGACAAGCGGAAAAAAAAAACAUUGGAUAGAUUACACAGUUGAACGUUAAUGUCAUAGAACUUAUUUCAUUCACUAAAAAUAACAAAAUUUUAGUUUUUUUUAAAUAUGAAUGAGUAAUACUAAGUUGGUUGUGAUAUUUAAGACCGAUGGUCUUUCCCAAGAUCAUAAAAUAUUUGAAAUAACCAAAUAAACAAAGGCACGUUUUACAGAAAA